AUUGAAAUGAAUAAACAAACAUACAGAAUCUAAUCAACAAUCGAAUUCAACAAGCUUCUCAGAUUACUGCAGAUUAAGUACAAGUACAUUUGUCAUUUGAUUCCGUCGAGUAGAAACGUCAUACGUAAAUUAUCCUAUUCUAAACACAAGAAACAACUUUGGAAGUAAUGCUUGCCAUGAUUGAAAAUCUUGAAUGGAAUUCCAUUGAUGAAGUCAACAUGAUGAAUCAGAUGGAACAUGUUAAUCGUUUACUAAUUGUAUCCACAUAUGCCCUAAUGGUGUUAAUGAUUCUUAUAGCACAAAUUUUAUUCACAUUGAUUGUCAUAUUAUUUAUGUCAUUAUCGUAAAUAGUUUGAUCAAUAAAUGUUCUCUUUUUUGUUUUGUUUCCAUAGUUAUCAAUCAAAUUUUUCAAUUGCAUCAUUGAUACAGACAACGGCUAGUGGUUUAUUUGUGUAUGUAAUAUACGUAAAGUUUUUGAUGACAUAAUCAUGGUGAUCACAUUUAUUGAUUUUAUUGAAUAUAUAUUUUUAUAUAUUGUUACUACAUUAUACAUAUUGUAUAAUUGCCAAGUGAUCAUUAUAAGACACUUAGGGUUUGAAUAUUGACUUAGAUUGCCUCUAGAGUGACCUUAGGAAUAUUGAAUGUAUACUUACCUACUUACUUUAGCCUGUUACCGACCAGCACUCUUUAACCCAAUCUGUCAUGAAGUUUUCUUCCUUGUUUUAUUCAAUGGUUGUUCAUUCUUCUCAUGUCCGACUCCAUUUUUCGGCGUGAACUGUUAUUUGUUCUUCCUCUCCUCACUUGAUGUUAAGGAUUCCACGUGAGAGCUAGUCUUCCGAUGCAGUUAGAUGCUUUCCUCAAUGGGCAUUCAAUCCACUUCUAGCACUUCUUCCUGAUUUCUUCCUUCUCCGGAAUACGGUUUGUUCUCUCCUACAUUAGGUUGUUGCAAAUAGUGUCUGGCAAACGGAUCCGAAGUGUUUUGUAGGGACUUUCGUCGUUCUCCAAGUUUCCACCCCAUACAGUAGAACUAUCUUAAUGUUAUAUUGAGUUCGAGAUGUUCUUCAGUUGUAGGUAUGCUGCUCUUGCUUUGCCGAUCCGCGACUUCACAUCUGCAUCAGAUACACCGUGUUCAUCAUGAUGCUGCCCGUAUAUGUAAAGGAUCUUGAAACUAUUCAUCUAAUAACUAGGAAUGAAUGUUAAUUGCACUUGUGAUCGCAUUAUUAAUUUGUUUUGUAAAGAAGAUAAGUGAAACAUUUCCAGAGAAUGUCACUCUUGCUAUUGCUUAUUCUGGUUGUAUGGCGUUAGCAUUAGGAAUUUGGUAUAUGCAAUUAUAUGUUCUUCUAAAAAUUGCAGCUUUUGGAAUUAGUCUGGUGUUAUUUAUAUGUGCAGUGUUGAUUGGUGCAGCGAUUAAAACAAAUUUGGCGGACCAAAUAAAAAGUGUUCUAAUAUCUAUUACAUCGAUAUUUAUUACGUUUAUAAUAGCUGCAAUCGCAUUCAUCUUUUCAGGAAUCAAGGUAAUAGCUCUGGCUUUCUAUAUAGCUGCAGUAACAUUUUCAUUCAUUAUCACAAUAUUUAUCAGUUAUAUAACUAUUGGCAAAUUAAGAUGUCUUAUCUUUUAUCCUAAUUAUUCAUUAGCAUCUAUAUUAUUAUAUACUGUAUUCUUUAAUACCUUAGCAACUAUGAUUGAUAUAAUUAAUAUUUGCUCUCGACUACUAUUUAAUUUUCCAUUUUAA